GCCCCCGGUUUGCUCUCGGUGGUGUGCGCGUGGGGCUGCCCCGGACGAGCCGGCGCGAGGGCCCGGGAACCCAGGAGAGAGGAGAGAGCUGGGAGGCAUGGAACUGGACAAGAUCAUCCGAGAUGCACUGACCAGCUUUAUCCGGGCCCACAUCCCGGCGGCUGACUUGAGGAGCACAGAACUGCUUUGCCCUGGUGGAAACAUGGGCUCAGUGCCAACGGAAGCUGGAGGAGAGCUGGGGGUCCUUCUGCAGUGGAGGGUCUCCCUGCUUCCCCACAGCGGCAUGGAUGAGGUUUUCUUCUCUUACAUCACUGGGGUCUUGGAAGAGCUGGGCUCCCCAGGUGCGACCGAGGAGAGUUUUGACAUGGAAGCCUUCGCCGAGGUGAUGGAGGCCUUCGUCCCCGGCUUCGCCGAGAUUAACAGCGGGCAGGUGUGCGACAUGAUGUUUGUCCUCUCGAGCCAGCUCAGUGACGCACGCAACAAGGAGAACGCUUGUCCCAAGACCCCCGAGGAGGCUGCGCUUGGCAAUCCUCCAGCCACGUCGGAGCUGAGCCCAGAGGAGGGGGCCAAGGUGGUGGGGAGGCCUCGGGCACCCGCAGACGGAGCCACGGCUCAGGAGGCCGGUGGAGAGCUGCAGGACGGAGUGGAUCUGCUCCUGGAGAUGUUCCCGGCCUGUACCGUGGGACAGGCCCAACGGGCGUUGACCAGGGCCCUGGGUGACCUGGAAGAAGCUGUGCAGCUGCUGGUAGAGGAGGAAGUGGAGCCCCAGGCCUGCAGUGUCAACCCCAAGGAUGGCCCCAAGCUGCAGGGAGCCCCCAGGAAGGAGGACCUGAAGCCCUUCAUCUUACAGAAGUACAUGAUGGUGGACAGCGAAGAUGACCAGAAGACGCACAGGCCUGUGGCCCCAAAGGAGGCCCCGAAGAAACUGAUCCGCUACAUAGACAACCAGAUCGUGAGUACCAAAGGAGAGCGCUACAAAGACAUGAGGAAGCCAGAGACGGAGGAGAUGAAGAAAACCUACAUCAACCUCAAGCCAGCCAGGAAGUACAAGUUCCACUGAAUGCUGGCUCCUUGGACCCGUGCUGCAGGAGCGGCGGGGGCCGGGCCGGAGCUCGGACCUGCGACCAGGAGGCGGGUGGCCAGAGCCCACGUCAUACUUACUCCACGGACAGGAUGCCGGCAGCGGAGGGGAGAGAGAUGCCGGGGGGCUGGCCAGGACACGCCGGGCAGCCUCGUCUCCGGACUCCUGGGCCCAGAUCCGGGUUCGGGAGUUGGCUCUGCGGCGGUCGGGCACGUUUUAAAUCGUAUCAGCUGUGAGGUUCCACAGCUGUCCUUAAGUAAAGCAGCUCUACUGA